AUUUGGUUCAGGUUUUCUUGAAUAAUGGGUGCAAGAAUUUGCCAAUUACUUGUAGUUAUAUUCAUACAAAUUUCGAUUACAACGGGCCAGAAUAAUGAUCGUGAAGUUCUUCAGGCUCUUAAGAAUUAUUGGCAGAACACACCACCCAGCUGGGACGACGGUUCUGAUCCGUGUGGCGGUAGUUGGGAUGGCAUCCGCUGCACAAACUCUCGUGUGACCGCGAUAACUUUGUCAAGCAUGAACUUGGUCGGCGGGCUCCCGGGAGACAUUGGAGGAUUAACCGAAUUGCAGAUUCUAGAUCUAUCUUACAACACGGGUUUGACCGGAUCGUUGACUUCACAAGUCGGGAAUUUGAAGAAAUUAACAAACUUGCUCCUCGUUGGUUGCGGUUUCACUGGUCCCAUUCCAGACAGCAUUGGCAACCUUGAAAGGCUUAGAUAUUUGUCACUGAAUUCAAAUGGUUUCACUGGACCCAUUCCAGCUUCAAUUGGCAAUCUUCAGAAUCUUUACUGGUUAGAUCUAAGUGCUAACAAGCUCACAGGGAGUUUACCCGUCUCUAACGGGUCAAAGCCCGGUCUUGAUAUGUUAACGCACGCCAAACACUUUCACUUUGGAGACAACGGGCUAUCGGGCAAUAUCCCACCGGGCCUCUUCAACUCCAACAUGACUCUCAUUCAUCUGUUAUUUGAGAACAACGAGCUAACGGGCUCUAUUCCUAACACGCUCGGGCUUGUCAAGUCUCUAGAGGUCGUGCGGCUCGAUAGAAACGGGUUGAGUGGCAUUGUCCCGUCGAACAUCAACAACCUUAUAAAUGUCACUGAGAUGUUCUUGUCAAACAAUCGGUUAACCGGGGUGGUACCUAAUCUUACCGGCAUGAGCCUCCUGAACUAUCUGGAUUUAAGCAAUAAUUCUUUUGAUCCAUCGGUUGUUCCAUCUUGGUUUACAACUCUGCGGGCUCUGACAACCGUCAAGAUGCAGAGUACAAACCUUGGAGGAGAACUGCCUGUUGACUUCUUCAGCAUUCCUCAAUUACAGAAUGUUGAUUUAAGUGACAACCGGUUAAACGGAACCUUGAGUAUUGGUUCAAAUCCGAGCACACAACUUCAACUUGUUGAUCUGAGGACAAACCAGAUCGCUUCUUUCACCCAACGACGCCAAUAUAGCAUUGAAUUAAUACUUGUGGAUAAUCCAUUAUGUAUGGAAUCGGGUGUGACGGACAAAUAUUGCUCCCUUCCCACAACUACUAAUGCAUCAUAUUCAACGCCACCAAACAAUUGCGUGCCACCUUCGUGUAGUUCGGGCCUUGUUUCGAGUCCAAACUGUCAAUGCGCGUUUCCAUACAUGGGCUCGUUUUUCUUUAAAGCUCCAUCCUUCUCUUCACUUGGAAACUAUACCAUUUAUGCCUCCCUUCAAGAUCAACUGAUGACAUUCUUUCGGAAAGCCAAUCUCCCUGUAGAUUCAGUGGCAUUAAAGAAUCCUAGCAGGAAUUUGGAUGAUUAUCUUGUGAUUAAUCUCGAAGUUUACCCGUCUCCAGGACCAAGUUUCAACAGGACUGGGAUUGUUGGGCUCGGGUUCGCGCUUAGCAAUCAAACCUUCAAGCCUACCAAAGAUUUCAACACUUAUGUUUUCAUGUCUACAAACUAUGAUAACUUCUUACCUGAGACAUCAGGAGGGACCAGUGGCACAAAACAUAAGUCAUCUAACACUGGAAUUAUCAUAGGAUCAGCCGUUGGUGGUAGUGUGCUUGUUGUGUUAUUAGUUCUAGCAGCAAUGUAUGCUUUUAACCAGAGAAAACAAGUUGAAAGAACCUCCCAACAAACACAACCCUUUGCGCAUUGGGAUCAAACUAGCAAGAGUGGUGAUGCUCCACAGUUGAAAGGGGCAAGAGCCUUCACCUUUGAAGAACUUAAGAAAUACACAAACAACUUUUCGGAGACGAACAACAUAGGAGUAGGCGGAUACGGAAUGGUAUAUAGAGGAAGUCUUCCGAAUGGUCAGCUGAUUGCAAUCAAAAGAGCUCGACAAGGAUCGUCACAAGGAGGGCUUGAGUUUAAAACUGAGAUCGAGCUUCUUUCAAGAGUUCACCACAAGAAUCUUGUUGGCCUAAUCGGAUUUUGCUUUGAUCAGGGCGAACAAAUGCUAGUGUAUGAGUAUGUCGUGAAUGGUACACUCAAGGAUAGUCUUUCGGGGAAAUCGGGCAUCAGGUUAGAUUGGGCGCGUAGGCUGAAAAUCGCACUUGGAGCAGCAAGAGGGUUGCAAUAUCUACACGAUCUUGCUGAUCCCCCAAUCAUACAUAGGGACGUUAAAACGAAUAAUAUCUUACUAGAUGAACGAUUAGUUGCAAAAGUUGCUGAUUUCGGACUAUCUAAGCCAAUGAGUGGUGCUAAUCAGACUCAUAUAACCACUCAAGUCAAAGGGACCAUGGGAUACAUGGAUCCAGAGUAUUACAUGACUCAACAACUGACUGAAAAGAGCGAUGUUUAUAGCUUUGGAGUUGUGAUGCUAGAGCUAAUAACCGCAAGAAAGCCGAUUGAGAAAAGCAGGUACAUCGUGAGGGAAGUGAAACAAGCAAUGGACAAGAAUAAAGAACUAUACGGCCUACAGGAUGUUCUUGACCCGACAAUUGGUUUGAGUAGCCAACUCAAAGGGUUGGAGAGGUUUGUGGAUUUGGCGCUUAGGUGUGUUGAAGAGACGGGUAAUCAAAGACCAGCAAUGAGUGAAGUCGUGAAGGAGCUCGAGGGCAUUAUGGCCCUCGGAGGGUUUAACCCCGGCACGCAAUCAUCAUCGUCUACUUCAGCUAGUUUUGAAACUAGCGGCAAAGACUACGACCAUCCUUAUAGUAACGAUAGCCUUUUUGCUUAUAGCGGAGGUUUUAUGCCCCCAAAGCUACAUCCUAAGUAAGAUUCUUGGCUUGCAAUGUAAAUAUCUGCAUUUGUGUAUUUUCUUGUACGAUGAAUAAAUCGUUGUUUAGGAUCCGAACCUAAAGGGAUACAUAUUUUUCGUUCAUUCUGAGCUUGUUGUACUUGUUCUUUAUAUCAUUUGAUAUUGGUGUGCAUAAAUUAUUUUUAUUUAUAUAUUUUUAGUGGUUAA